GCUACUCAACACUCGAAGGCUUGAAGAUGGUUAAAUGCUGGCUUAGUGCGUUUUAAACCGUAAUAAACGUCACUCUCGGAGCCAAGUUACCUUUCCAUUAUGGCUCUGUUAGUUGGCCCUGUGAUGAGGCCUGCUAGCAUUUAUUAGACUGCGCAGGGUCAGCCAAGCACAACGGCGAUGAACUGUCGGAAGAGUUCAUUCUUGCCGUUCGGCCGGAGUUGCCAGCGCGGUUUGUCCUCCGUUCUCCUUCUCUUACUCAUUUCACUAAUCCGCGGACGCGGAUUGUGCAACGUUCAAUAACAGAGGCGCUGCUGAAAGGGUGUUCUUUCUUCAUGCAGACCAUCCGGAUUCUCCUCUGUUCGCAUGUAGCUCCCCUCCUCCCUACAAGUGAUCUAGCCUAGCUCCUCGAGCAUACGGUCGCCGCACUAUACGCAUGCAAUCCUCGGUGGCCUGCGCUGCCAACGUUUCAAUUUGCGGUGAGGCCAAAUUGGAUGUCUUGCUCUUCGUCGCAUUGUUUUAAACGGUCGUGCCGAAGGGACCGAGAUCAAGCCUCGCUACGAGAGACAGACGCGCGUCAAACCGGAUCAGCAGCAACAGCAACCAGUCUUAUCGCGGGAGUGAACCGAUAAAUGUCCCGUUCUGCUGGAGUACUUCGACUGGGACGCCAAGCUUGUUUUCUUUUUUCCGUGCGCCAUGCCCCGCAGACGGCACAAUAGCCUAUCUCGGUUUCAGAUAAUCGAUGUGGAAAUCGCCACUACGCUGUUGAGACGCCCUGACUGUACUUCGAAUGGACCCGACUGGAGCCUCCAUAAUCCACUAUCAUUGCCUCUGUGCAAUAAAGGGGAUGUGACAAAGAAACUGUCGUAAAUUUGGAGAAACAACAAAUAAUAAGAAUAACAACAUCGUGAGUCCCAUCCUAGUCUCGCCUCCGAAGCCAGCUGAGUCAUGGCACCAGCAAUGGAGCAGAGAGGCAGCUCCAAGCCAACUGAGAAGAAAGGGACAUGGCAAGCGUUCCUGGACUUCUUCACUAAACCGGUGUGCUAUAUGAUCUCUUUCUCGGCGCUUGGCAUCCUGCAAGGCUGUUACUACUCCUACCUCAUCGGCAUCAACACGACGCUGGAAAGGCGGUUUGCCUACGGCAGUCGCACGGCGGGCUUUGUCUUCUUCUCCGACAACUUCGGCCCCAUCCUUCUGGGUGUCUUCAUCGGCACGUACAGCCCGAAAAGACACAGGCCCAGAUGGGUGGGAGUCGCUGCCGUCCUCAUGGGCGCGUCGUGCCUACUUGCCUCGCUACCCUAUUGGCUGUUCGGCAAGGCGGAUGAGGCGUUCAGCAUGACGGACCCCGAGGUCGAGUCCGACCUAAACCACUUCUGCCACGACCAGGAAGAAGAUCGGCGCUUCGGGGAACUCAACUGCGCCCAAUCACGCAAGACCGAGACGCUUCCCGCGCUGCUGCUUCUUGUCAGCUGCAACUUCCUCACGGGCAUUGGCACCGCUGUCUACUACUCGGCCGGCACGGCCUAUCUCGACGAGCUCGUCAGUAGGAAGCACUCGGCCGUAUAUAUGGCAAUCAUGACUGUCGUUCGAGGUUGCGGGCCCUGCCUGGGAUUCAUUAUUUCAGCGCUCAUUCUCGCAAUCUACGAAGAUCCAUUUUACAAUCCAGGGUUCGCAGACGAAGACCCACGGUGGAUAGGAGCCUGGUGGCUGGGCUUCGUCAUUCUCGGCUUCCUCCAGCUAGUGUUCUCCGUGCCGCUCUUCUUCUUUCCCAGACGCAUGAGUGACGAUGAAUCGGACAAGCCCAAUGAGGAAGAGAAAGAUAUGAGCAUCAGAGAUGCAUUCCACGCUUCAAAGAGGCUCAUUAAAAACCCGAUAUUCGUCGCACAGAUGUUUGCCCACGUCUUCAAAUGGUUUGGCGUCCUGGGCUUUUGCACCUACGUGCCCAAAUAUGUGCAAGAACAUUUUCAGCAGUCUCCUAGCGCUGCUUCAGUCUUAAGUGGAACGUUUCCAAUAGGAUGCGCCAUGGUGGCGACGCUUGGUGGUGCAUUCCUGAUGAAGACGUUUAGGCCUUCUGCUCGCAUACUUACUGCCAUCAUUUUCGCAACGGAGCUGAUAACAGCGCUGAUCUUCAUCUCGCUCAUGGCUUUCAGCUGUCCUCAGCCGCCAUUGAGAGAAAAGGGAGAACUCAGGUCAAGAUUGGAUCUCGUCAACAGCUGCAACCAGAACUGUUCUUGUGCGACCGAAGUGUUUCAUCCAAUAUGCGAAGGCAAGACAACUUAUUUUUCUCCUUGCUUCGCCGGAUGCUUCACCAAAGGAACCAAUGGCACAGCGCAGAGAGGGACCUACGACAACUGCAUGUGCGUCGACGCAUUCGACAAUGACGGCUUGGCCCGACGAGCGAAGGAUGGAUUCUGCGACAGUGACUGCCCGUUCUUGACCUUCUACAUAUUGCUGCUGUGCAUCGCCUAUGGCUUCUCAUUCAGCACGAAGGCUGCUCAGAUAGUCAUUCCACUCAGGUGCGUCGACCAGAGUGACAAGGCAUUUGCACUCGGCUUUGCUGAAGGAGUUUUGGCAUUAUUCUCGUUCCUGCCCUAUCCUCUGGUGUACGGCUCGCUCGUGGACUCCACGUGCGUCGUCUGGGAGGAGAGCUGCGGUCAGCGCGGCAACUGCUGGGUGUACGACCAGCGCACUUUCAACUACUCCUUGCAUGGCACCACUUUCGUCCUGCUCAUGGUCGGAGUGGCCCUGAACUUCGUCGUGUUCCUCUUGAGCGGUCGGCUCGGAAACCUCUACGGACGAGAGAAGAGCUUCCUGGCAGACAGGAGGCGAGUUCCAGCCCCAGGAGAGGCCGACUUGAAUUCGUCAUCCCGAAGAUCCUCCAAGGGAUCCUUCAGAAAGCUGACGAGAAAUGAGAUCUUUCACAUGGUGGCCACGAGUGAUCCCGACGAUGAGUGAAGAAAAGCAAGGGCGCCAGUGUGGUCCCACUCGCGACCCUUGGCCGGAAUAGGCCGCAGUCUGCGCACACUAGAUUCGUUCGACGGAAGCAAUAGGCGGUCGCGGUUGUCACGCGAAAACAGACAAUACUCGUUCUGCAAGUUUGUUUGCUUUCAGGCCUUCCAUCAGCGAUGACUUGCUAUGUGACUUGGUUUGAGUGACAACAGGUUUAAUGGGCAUUUAGAAUCAAGCAUUGUGUUCUUCUGUUGGAUCCAAACUGCGCUUCGAACAUCGACGCCCGUUGACUGCAAUGGCGUGCCACUCUGUAACUCACUCCCGUUAGCACACACAUCAGUCCCAGACAAUUUGCCUUGAUCAACAAAGUGCAUCUCUCAGGAGUGUGGUACUGAAAGAAACAUUAUAUACAGAUUGUGGCUUCGAGGAGCUUUGCAAUGUGAUUUAUUUACUGAUUCAUAUACACCUGCGCUCAAAUGCCUUUCGGCGACAUUCAACAGGAGCUGCAGCAGACUAAGCAAUCAUAUAGUUUUUUUAACAAUAAAUUAGACGCCCACCCCGUGUCAGUAUGUACUUAUUAUGUGUAGUACGGCUAUAAUUUGCCUCCUUUAGUUGUGACGAACUCUAGAGGCUUGCGUGCCAAACUCUGUAUCGUCAGUACCUCGUGAGCUUAAAUUUUGGUGGUGCCAGCGACAACAGGCCUCUGUAACUACUUUGGUUUUGUGUUAAUGAUGACAUCAAAAACACUGAUGUCAGAAUUGUAUGCCCUGACUCAGUCUCUGUUUUUCAAGUUCUCAUUAUAAAAUAGAACACUCAUGCCUGA